UAACGAUUUCAAAAGAUAACUUUCUUUCAGGUCGUACCAACCAGAAGCAGAAGAACGCAAUGGCUGCUUUUUUGAAGAGUUCGAAUUUCAAGUUGUUAACUCGAAAUUCGGUUAUUCGUUAUUCAUAUCGAACCGCUUAUUAUGUGCUGUUACCGGAGAUUCCUCAUGAUACACCGGAAACAAACCCGGUUCUUCGAACGGGAGAACUCCUUGAUUACACGCCAAUUUCAGCCGAAAACUGUCUAAACGCCGUGGCUAAAUUAUCAUUAGAACAAGAGUCAGGAAUAUGGAAAUUGGAGAAUCAACUUACAGAACCGGGAUCAAGUGUCACUUUUGAGUCCAUUAUGGAUCCCCUGGAAAGGCUUAGUGCUCCUCUAGAUGCAGCAUGGGGAGUUGCCAGGACGUUGUAUGUCACAGAUAGUGAACGCAUGCCCUCAGACAUUUACAGGCAGAUCCACAAAAGAGCACGAAAAUCAAGAUCGUUAAAGUUUCAAAGCAAACCCAUUUAUGAGGCUUGCAAGGGUUUAAUGAAUGAAAACAAAAAGCUGGAUCAAAAGCAAAAAAGAUUGUUAAACAAGUACAUCCUUGAAGGACGGCUGAACGGCUCAGAAUUGAACGAAUCCGGUUUAAAAAACUACAUCGAAGCUUCACGUAAACUGGAAGACCACAAGUCAAAGUUCCAGCAAAAAGUAGAGAAAGCCACUAGUCGGUUUAGUCACGUCUUGACAGAUCCAAAUACCGUUCGUGACUUUCCAUCGGAACUAUUACGUGCCACGGCUCUGGACAGUUCUGCGCCAAGUCGAGGACCAUGGAAGAUCACCCUCCAACCGCACAUCUACACUCCCUUUAUGGAACACUGUCCAGAUCCUUUACUGCGCUGGAAUGUUUGGCAAGCCAACCGAGCCCGUGGAUCUAGUUCUGGUGACAGUGCCCUUACCACUAGUCUCGACCUGGAAGAGGUCCGCUACCAACGACGUGAUCAAGUCAAACUACUCGGCUAUCCCAGUUAUGCGGCUAUGAGCAUGGAAACCAAAAUGGCUGGCAGUGUAGAUAACGUCAACAAGAUGAUUGAAUUGCUCUUGGAAAAAGCUUUUCCGGCUCAAGAAAAGGAACUCGCCGCGUUGGAGAGUUUCGCCAAAGAGAGAGGUUUUGAUGGGUCGUUGAAUAUGUGGGACGUGCCAUAUUGGCGACGCAAGCAAGUUUCAUCACUGUGUCAACACGAAGAAGGCGAUAUUCGCGAGUAUUUUCCAUUGCCCAGAGUCUUCACCGGUUUAUUGGCUCUGAUUGAAGAGGUCUUCAAUAUUCAUUUCGAAUUGAUUAAUCAGCACAAGAACGGCACCACUGCUUGGCACGAAGAUGUCUCCCUAUACGCUGUGAGACAUUCUGAUGGCAAACUUAUUGGCCAUUUCUACUUUGAUCCAUUCUCAAGGAUAGGUCGGAAACUUUUAAGUCGUGAGGCCGCUUCCUGGAUGAUUAGCACACGAAGCCGAUCAGACAUUGUGGACCAUACGCCGGUGGCCUCCGUUGUUCUCAAUUUCACUCCAAAUCUUCAUGGAAUCCCAUCACUCUUGUCGUUCCAGCAAGUGCAGACGUUAUUGGCCAAAAUGGGACAUGCGCUGCAACAUCUGCUGACAGAGUCGCCCUACAGCGAAGUAGCUGGCCUUACCAAUCUCGAAUGGGAUGCUGUACAGAUAUCAGCACAAUUUUUCCAAUUUUGGUCAUCUGACUGGACAACCAUGAGCAAAAUCAGCGGCCAUUUUGAAUCAGGACAACCUUUAGCCCGUGAAACGCUGAACCAGCUCAACCAAGCCGCAGUGCAUAUGUCAGGAUAUGACCUCUGCCAACAACUCUACUCAUCCGCGCUUGACAUGGAACUUUACUCGACUAAAGAUUUUUGGUUGGACGUUGUCAAACGAUUGUGGCCGAAAUUUCAACGUUUCCCACUCGAGAAGUCUGACUCUCAUCCGUGCAAUUUCACCGACAUUAUCAGUCAGGACAUGGCGGCCGCUUAUUACUCGCACAUUUGGUCAAAAAUGGUAGCUGCCGACAUCUUUUCCGCCUUCCAAGAAGCUGGAAUGGAAGAUCGUGCAGCAUUAAGAACUGUUGGCGAACGUUUCCGAAAAGUCGUACUAGCCCAUGGUGGUGCAGUUGCCCCCAGCGAAACCUUCCGCCACUUUAGAGGACGAGACCCCUCACCAGACGCUUUACUUGAUCAUGCAAAAUUAAAUUAA